CCGCGCAACAACAAAAUAAAAUGGCCACCCAACGAAACAAAUAGAGCGCCGUCGUAAAUAACAAACCGUCCGAGGGCGUUUCAGCGGUGAAUUCCGCGUGUAUUGGACAGGUACGUUAGUCGCGUGGCCAGGCAAGUGCCAGGGCUUAGGGCGACAACGUUAUUCUUUGUGAAAAGAGAAGCUAGAGUUAUACUUGGGAUAGAGGAACCGACCGGGUAUCUACGGUCGUUGGAUGCGUCACGCGCGUGUACCAGCCACACGAGACAACCAGGGAAAACCAGUGGAUCAGGUAUCCUUGUCGACCUCAUCGUCGUCGGCAUGUCCCCACGAAGAACGAGUACACGAGUUCAACCUCGUCGGCUGGCCUAGCUCCGGCUGCUAGUCUCGUCUCUCGGGCCGCCUGGACCACAGCAUGAAGGAGAUGCUUGGAGGGUGCUGCGUGUGUUCUGAUGAGCGGGGUUGGACUGAAAAUCCGCUGGUGUACUGCGAUGGACAGGGAUGUACUGUCGCUGUUCACCAAGCAUGCUAUGGUAUCGUUACGGUACCAACAGGACCGUGGUACUGCAGAAAAUGUGAAUCACAAGAGCGUAGUACACGCGUGGAACAGCGUUGCGAGUUGUGUCCGAGCCGAGAUGGAGCUCUUAAGAGGACGGAUCAAGCAGGCUGGGCCCACGUGGUAUGUGCCCUCUAUAUUCCAGAGGUACGCUUUGGAAAUGUCACCACGAUGGAGCCCAUUAUACUACAACUCAUACCUUCCGAAAGGUUCAGUAAAACGUGCUACAUUUGUGAGGAGCAAGGUCGUGGGAGCAGGGCAAACGUAGGAGCUUGCAUGCAGUGCAAUAAGACCGGUUGCAGGCAACAGUUUCACGUAACGUGCGCGCAGGCUCUAGGUUUGCUCUGUGAAGAGGCUGGCAAUUACCUGGACAAUGUAAAAUAUUGCGGGUAUUGUCAGCAUCACUACUCGAAGCUGGUUAGUAAAUCGAAGAAGAAGGGCGGCAACGUCAAGACGAUCCCACCAUACAAACCAAUACCAGCGGACAAUGGUUCAUCGGAUUCCUCGCCGGAAAAGGAAGCGGAGACCCCGAUGAAGUCAACUUCUACUAGUAGCAAGCGGAAAAGUUCGAGCUCCAAGUCGGCAACAUCGAGCUCAAAAAGCAAGUCUAGCGCUAGUCCUGGCCUAGAGAUAAACGGAGUCGCCGACGACAAGAGCGGUAGCGGUCGUAACACGCCCAAAGAAAACUCCGCGAAUUCAAGUAAAUUCACAACUUCCAAUUUCGUAGAGACCGUUGUCACCCAGUCAGAGAGCGUAUUCGGCCACGAAGGCACCGCCGUCACCGUCAAGUCCUCCGGAUCUAAUUCAAAUUUGAUUCACAAGAGCAGCAAUCAGUCGAAGUCUAGUUCGUCGUCCUCGAGCAAGUCCUCGGGUCAUUCGAGUAAAAAAAGAAAGACUGGCGCGAGGACACCUACUGUCAUCAGUAACGAUAAUUCGAAUCACUCGAUUAGCUCUGAAGCCAGUGGCUCGGUUGUCGUUGCUGUUAGCUCUGUUGUUCAGCAGACUGUCACUUCCAAUCAAACAGUACAGCCGACUGUUACAGAAGCCACGAGUCUCAGCACAACGACAGAACCUGAAAAAUCUAAGAAGUUGAAGGUUGAAAGUCCACCGAUUCAGCCGUCUAUCAGCACUUCCAUUGCAACAGAGGCAACAACAACACCUGUGAUAAUGUCAAUAUCUCACAGUCACCCAUCAGCUGUAACGCAGUCACCAACAACAAUAUCAAACAGCAUAGUGGUGUCAGUACCAUUGACUGCCACUUCCCUACCAAGUUCUGUUCAGAGCGUUGUCACUAAUGCACCAACGUUGUAUCAGCAACUGCAGGAAAGUAUGAUUACAACUGCAGUGUCUAAAGAUACCAGGACAAAUGUGAUGCCCAACGCUGCUGAACGAUUUCUAUCAGAGGAUCAACCAAUGAAAAGGUGUCGAUCUCAGUCGUCGGACAAGCCGGAGAAGACCAGAAAACCGAAACGUGGCUCCACGCCGAGUAGUCAGCCAGCUACAACUGUUCCACUUCCAUUGUCAGCUUCCACAGCAACAUCAACGACUGUAUCAAAUAAUACUGUGGUAUCCACGACGAAGCGGGGUGCCAGGAGUAAUCAUCAGACGCCACCACCGUCCAUAACAGUGGCUCCUAUACCCUCCAUAAUACAGGGUCCCACACUAGGCACAGGCCACUUUAGCAGUGUGGGCUCUGGUUCGGUUGGUACUAUGGGACCUACUGUGAAAGAGUCACCACCUAGUAGUCCUGGUUCGGAGAGCAUGAGUAGCUCUGGACCAGGACGAAGAAAGAGAAAGAGUGCUGGUGCUGCUUCAACGACACCCACACCUUCCACAUCAAAUACACCGACUACACUUUUAAGCUGUACUAAGGAAGAAAAGGAUGUUAAAUUGUUUCAAAAUGGAGUAAGCGCACCUCACAUGUUGGGUAAUCAGUUAAAUCCUACCUCGACGAUGGCGCAAAAGAUGUCGGAUACUCUUUCCCAGGAACUGGAGGCUCAUUCUAUUUUUACGGAGUCGAAUAAUCCAACUACCAGUUUAGUUGGACCGCAACUUCACAGUCGUGUUAUUGCUUCUAUAAGAUCCAACCAACCGACCGCACCUGCAGCCUCUCUGUCGUCGGUCUUCUCGACGAACAGCAACACGAAUUCUAACAAUGUAGCUGGCGUAGGGACAUUGGGCGGCGGUGCAAUUCCGCAAACACUAGAUCAACUUCUGGAGAGACAGUGGGAGCAGGGCAGUCAAUUCCUGAUGGAACAGGCCCAGCAUUUUGACAGUGAGUUCGCGUCACUACUAUCGUGUCUGCAUCAACUGAGAGCAGAAAACCUAAGACUCGAGGAACACGUGAACAGCCUUUUACAAAGGCGAGAUCACUUACUGGCAGUGAACGCAAGGCUGGCAAUUCCAUUGACAACGCAACCCAGUACACAUCCAGUAAACAACAUACAUCCAACAGUGAACCCAUCGCAUCCUAACAUCCCACAUCCAGACAUCCCACCAGGCGCACAAGCCCAAUUACCCCGUGUAAAUCGCGAGUCUCGUGUGAACAACACUUACCUGCCACAUUCAAGUUCCAGCAGUCAUUCCACAGCGAUGGAAAAUGGUUUACCACCGGAUCCAUCACCUCCUGCGGCAGCUUCCUUAUCUCAGUACCAGCACAGAGGUUCCCUAGUGCCGCCGCAACCCAGCCCGACGAUAAGGCACAGUCCGGCUGGAAGUGGCUAUCAUCAGGGUCAACCUAGUAACAUCGUCACCGCCGCCAAUGCUAAUAAUUCUGGAGUAGUACGUAACUCGUCUGUAACACCGGAUCCUCUUCGAGGAGUUCCCAGGUCAGUUCCGCAGUCAUCUAGCAGCUACAUGCCUUCUAUGUAUCAACCAGCUAUGUCCAAUCUGACGAGUAGUCAGGCUGGUGCUAGUAUGCAUAAUCUUCAUUCGCAUGGACCUUCCCCGACUAGCCAUGGUCCACCAGGGAAACCCAGCUGAAGGUAGAUCCAGGCCCAGGGCCGGCGAAGUCGGGAUACGCGUGUCAAGUCCAACACUGGUACUAAUUACUGCACAGGCCAGACUCGUUAUCAUCGUAGACAUUGAGGAUUACUUCUGGUAGUUAAUGCCAGGACCAUCCUUGGCCGAUGAAUUUCACUUACGCAUCCUUCUUCACCUCUUCCUACGUCACAUCCUCAUAUUUCUUCUUCUUUUACUUCAUUUUACUACAUAGCUCGAAUACAGUGGCUUCUCAUCACGUGAUUAUUUUCGAAAAUUUGACGACGCGUAAUUCAAUGUUCGAUGAAGUUUGAUGUACCGACGCUGACUCGAAGAUCCUGAAUGUUUAAGCUUUCCCUUCUGUUCUUUGAAGAAAGUUGUAACUUUCUCUUUUUAACCCCGGAUUUCUGACUCUGUGUCUGGAACGUCAAACUGUGAUGUGAAAUAUUAUAUAAGGUCUCGAUACGAUUAAUUUUCGUCAUUAUGUAAAUAUUGUACUUGAUUAAUUCAUCCGUUGAUAUUUGCAUACGUCAAUCCGAAUGACGAGUUUAAUGUUUAAUGAUUUUAAAGGGUUGACCCGGUAGUAUUUAUGUUCAUUUCGUAUAUCUCAUUUGCAUCUCUAUUUGUCACUCAUUUCGCGUCAAUCAUGUCACAAAGUCAAAUAAGAAGAGAAGGAAAAACUGCCACGUAAAACGUAACGUAACGUAACCAUUGUCAUUACGUUUUCGAAUCUGGUCGCACCUUUUAUCGUCGUUUGAAAAAGCUGCUGAUUUCCAUAUCAUUGUGUUCUCGUACUAAAUGGCGGUUACGGCCAGUUUAGUUAGGAUUAGUUUCGGCUUGUAAUCAUUUUUGUGUUAAUUUUGGGGACUAUUGUUUCUUUUUCCUUUUUUGUUUUUAAUUCUCUAAAGUGUAUAAUGGAAGUUUAAAGAGUUUUGAGCCUGAUUCGCGCUGAUUAGAUUUAUAUUUAAACUAAAUUCAAAUUCAGUAGUCUAACUCGAUGAUUACGUACGAUUAAUGUAAAUCGUAAAUCACUUUUAAAAUUCGAUUAACAUUAAUUAUUAUUAUCAUGCUAUUGUAUUAUACAUCAUAUAAUUCAGGCCCAUAGCAAGGUUAUUUAUUGAGAGGCUAAAUUGGACGUAUUAGAAGUAUAAAAUAAGAAGAAGCUAGAUGCUACUGGCUCUGCGUAACAACGUCAGUGCCAAAUUUUUGCGACUAAUGUGCAACCGAAAACGAGGCGUGGGGGAAGAGAAAAAAGAAUUACGGCAAUGGAGGGUUGGCCUACGAUGGUAACAAUGGACUCCGCCGAAGCGACCGAGAACGUUCAUACUUUUUUUUUUAUCGAAUCAGUAAUAAGAUACGAAUUCGGGAUUAUUUGAAAAAUUAAUUAUUUUUGUUUUCUCUCAACUGUCGAUCAAUGCGAACCGAGAAAGCCCACAGAUGUACAAACAUUAGCGCGUAAGUGAAACCUAUGGCGACGAAUAGCAAUAAUACAAUAGGUGUACAUUGAACUUAAACAUAAACAAUAACUGCCUGUAAGUCAACGAUGGUGCUUUUGGCAAUUCAAAAAGUUGCUCCUGUCUCUUAAUUUUCACAGUUUUACAAAGCGAGCACACUUGUAAUAUCUGAUGCUUGACAUCGACAGAAGAAUAAAUCCAUUGCGAAGUAGAAGACGAAACAGUAAAAUUUGUUUUCAAGAACACUUUUUUAAUUUUGCAACAAAGAUAUUAAGUAAGAAUGAUUUUUAAUGAUUAUGUUCUGAAUUAGUUAUCAAUUUAGAUUAUUUUCUGUAAUUCGUAUUUGGUUGGCUGUCGAAGGAAAAUUUUUUUUAACCAAUUGAGGCACCAUCGUUGCAUCCCUUUGGAUGGCCAUCACUAUUGUUUACGUGGCCGCAAUCUAUUUCAGAACGCGUUAAUCUGAAACCUAUUAAUAAUAUUGUAAAUUUUGUAUUGUACAACACUGAGCACUGCCCUCCACACGAAUCAUAGCUGUGAAAUAGUUUGAGUAGAAAUCGUCAGGCCGUAGCUAAGCGUGUGUUCGUUCUAUUUCUUAUUAAUUAUAUAAUGUAAUUAUUUUUUUAAUUGCCCAAGCGAGUUAGUCAAUUGGUUUUAUUUUUGAUUUAUCUAACUCACCACAUAGACUGCCCGAAAAGACCAAUGCAAUAGUGUUCAUGUUAAUUCACUCUCGUGUAUCGUUUGUGGAAUCGCAAAUGUCACAAUCUAUAGGAGAAUUACCGAACAUCCUUGAUGUAAUCGUUAAUCGCAAAUCUAUUGAUUUGCGUGGAUGAAUCGAUAUAAAUAGAUUUAACUGUAUUGACAUCUAGAACGAAGACCGAUUGAUUGUAUAUUUAUUUAUAAAUGCCGGAAGAAUCCCAAAUUUUUGUAUUUCCUGUGUGCGUAGACGCAUAUGUACUUGCGGUCGAUGAAAUUUCAUUGAGUUUUUUGCUUCCUACGCGAAGAUCGUUUUACCUUUAAUUUUCAAAAUUCUCGAUCGCAGCUCAAGAGCGAUAAUUUUGUUUUUGACAAUUUUAUUACCGCAAAUUGGUAUUUCUACUUGGUAAUCCAGAUUUUUAUUAUCGUACAACUUUACCAUUUUUUUUUUUAUUGUUUUCAUUUUCACAAAUUCAUGUCAAAAAUUACAAAGGAUCUGUUCCAUCGGUGAUCGUUAGUUUUACGCGUUUUGAGAUCGUUUGAAAAGUUUAUAAAAACAGAGCGAAGAAAAAAUCUUACAGAUGUCCGUGAGAGCUAUGGCGUUAAAAAAAAAAUGUAUCAACAAAUUCCUGUACCUGCCUUUCAUAAUCUUGUAUAGCGCCUCGCUCUCACCCAAUCUCAGGCGCUCACUUCAGAUUACACAAUCAUAAGCUCAGCAAUGAAGAAGAGAAGAAUGCGAGACAUGAAAAUCUUUUGUAAAACAGUUACACGCACAGAAAGAAAAUAUCGUAACUGUAUUACCUCACGCAAAAACAUUAAUUGGAUCUUAAUCCUGUCACGUUGUUGUUCUGCUCACUGAUUGAUUGCGUGAGCGCUCGGGAUGCGAAUAUUUUCUAAUCGAUCUAAGUGAAGGACGGAAGAAAUGAAAAUGAGGCAGACAGAGAGAGAAAAAGUUAAAUUAUCGCCAUACCUUGUCGCGUAUUCGUCGUGCGUCAAUAUAUUUGAAAUCCAACGACAAUUAUGUUCGGAUUCGAAUGCAAUUCGACUGAUAAGCGAUUAAUUAGACAGAAUUAAUAAUCAUCGAGAUUUUAGAUUGUAAAUUAUAUAUAUAUACUGGCGUGUAUAAAGCUUAGACUAUUAGAUGCAUUAGAUGAUAACGUGAGAGAGAGAGAGAGAGAGAGAGAGAGAGAGAGAGAGAGAGAGAGAGAUUGAAAUAGAAAAAAAAAGUGAAACACCAAGACUUACAGAUUAUUCGAUCAUCACUCAGGGAAUCGGUUUACUUUCGGAUGUUAUCUUUUUGAAAAAUAUACUCCUACCGAUUGGUAUUAACUCUGACGAUCGUCGGUAUGCGUUCGGGUCGAUAAACAUUCUAGUUCGUUGAUUUAUCGAUCGUUGGUCGUUUGCUGUUUAUGAUUUUUCAAAUGUUCAAUAUCGUCUAUUUUAACGAAUUGGAUGACUUUUUCUUGUGGAAAAUUACACCUCAAAUUUAAUCAAUGACAACGAUCGGUAAUUCACAACCAGACUUGAGAUAACGAUACGAAUAGUCGUAACGGACUUUGAUACAUUUUUCUAAGAGGAAUAAAUUUCUUAGAAUUCUUUGAACGCCGAUCUCUCUGGCAGGGAACAUUUUUUUAUUCGUUGUCCGGAUAAUUCGAAAAGAUCCGCUUGAACGGGUGACGGAAAAAUAGUUCUUUUUUUUUUUUUUU